UGCAGAAACUUUGCUGUGUGUGAUACUACCGGGGUAAAGAGAGAAGAAAACAGGAUUGUCAGCCUUUGUAGUGUUGGAAAGGACUGGUGUUAAUUCCUUGAUCAGGUGAAUGCAAAGGGAGAAGACUAAGGAAAAAUAGUAUGUUGCAGUUUAACAUGCAGCAACAGUUUCCUUUCCUAAAACAAAAAGCCAGAGAGAGGGGAGCACCAAAUGUCCUCCCGCAGACUGAAAAGAGGAAGGAUACUGAAGGCAUCCAUGUAGACAAGCAGAGUGGCUUUUCUGCUACCACUCCGUUGAACUCCCAGCCCCUACUGCUCCUGGGACCUGAGGGGAACUACAACUACUAUGUGGACGAUGAAGAUGAAGAAGAGGAAGAGAAAGAACUAGGAAAAUGGCAAAGUGGAGACACGUUUGAGGGAGAAAAAAAGCUGUUGUCAUCCAUUCCUUGCUCCCCUGCCCUUUCCUCUGGAGUCCCAGCCACAGCUUCCACUUCGUCUGUGCUGAACAUCAAUGUUGGUGGCCAAAGCUACCGCCUCACCUACCAGGCAGUGGCCAUCUAUCCCAAGACCCGCCUGGGCCGCCUGGCUACCUCCACUGACCGUCGCUGCCAGCUGGGCCUGUGCGAUGACUAUGCUGCCCAGGUAGAUGAGUAUUUCUUUGACCGGGACCCAGCUGUCUUCCAGCUGGUGUACAACUUCUAUGCCUCAGGGGUGCUACGUGUGCGGGACGAGCUGUGCCCCCGUAGCUUCCUCGAGGAGCUGAGCUACUGGGGAGUGCGGCUCAAAUAUACACCUCGCUGUUGCCGCAUCUGCUUUGAGGAGCGCCGUGAUGAGCUCAGUGAGCAGCUGAAAGUCCAGCGUGAGCUGCGCUCCCAGGCAGAGGCUCAGGAGAACGAGCAGCUCUUUCACCACAUGCGAUACUAUGGUCCCCAGCGCUGGCGCCUCUGGAACCUCAUGGAGAAGCCCUUCUCUUCUGUCACUGCCAAGGUGAUGGCAGUGGCCUCCAGCUUCUUUGUGCUCAUCUCAGUGGUGGCCCUGGCACUCAACACAGUGGAAGAGAUGCAGCAGGUAGACCGGAAAAGUGGGGAGAGCCGGCCUGUCUUGGAGCACAUAGAGACCCUGUGCAUUGCGUUCUUCACACUGGAGUACCUGCUGCGCUUGGUCUCUACCCCAGACCUGCGCCGCUUUGCCAGCAGCGCCCUCAAUGCGGUAGACCUCAUCGCCAUCCUGCCCCUUUACCUGCAGCUGCUGCUCGAAUGCUUUGCUGAUGAUGACCAGCCCCGAGGCCGGGGCUCUCAGCAUGAGCAUGAUAUUGAGAAGGUGGGACGGGUGGGCAAGGUGGGACAAGUGCUUCGCAUCAUGCGCCUCAUGCGCAUCUUCCGCAUCCUCAAGCUGGCCCGCCACUCCACAGGGCUGCGUGCCUUCGGCUUUACCUUGCGCCAGUGCUACCAGCAGGUGGGCUGCCUUUUGCUCUUCAUUGCCAUGGGCAUCUUCGCCUUCUCUGCCAUGGUCUACACAGUGGAGCACGAUGUCUCCAGUACCAACUUCACCAGCAUCCCCCAUGCUUGGUGGUGGGCUGCCGUCAGCAUCUCUACGGUGGGAUAUGGAGACAUGUGUCCAGAAACUCACCUUGGCCGCCUGUUUGCUUUCCUCUGCAUUGCAUUUGGAAUAAUCCUGAACGGCAUGCCCAUCUCCAUUCUCUACAACAAAUUCUCAGACUAUUACAGCAAGCUGAAGGCCUAUGAGUACACGGCUCUCAAGAAAGAAAGGGGGAAGGUGGACUUCACACGGAGAGCCAUGAAGAAAAUAUCUGAAUGCUGUGGAGAAGGUGCAACCCACCCCUUGUCACAGCAGUGAUACAGUUUCUGCUUUGAUUAUUGGGAGGGAACUGAGAAACUGAAGGAGAAAGAAGAAAAACAGAUCAGCCAAGCUAACUGAAGAUAAACUGAAAAGGCCAAAAGUAGAGGGUGAAAUUUGUUUUGAAGAGGAUUGCUUUCAAAAGAAAAAAGGCUUGGAUUACAACAACAGGGGGAUUUUUUGUUUGUUUGUUGUUUUUUUUUUUUCUUUGCUAGGCUGUGAGCAGCACUUAAGGGCUCAUCAACUAUCUGGAAUAACGUUCUUUAGAUUAACCACCCAGAAACUUUGAAUUAGACCCACAUGAAGGUGUAAACACCUGCUGCUGAUUAGACCCACAAUAAAGACCCACCAUAAUCAAACCAAAGGAAAACAAAUUGCUUGCGUUAAGUGUCAGCCACCUCACUGCUGUCAGGGCAGUCUCAAAAAUUAACAAACAGAAUACCCAAUAUACUGACUGCAUUGCUGAAAUUGGUUUUGUACCAGCUUUCAAAAUCAUGAAAACAGCCUAGAGCGUUUAACUGAAUAUUAGCAGCAUCUAUACUCCUUAAGCUUUCAGCUUCUCUUUCAACUGUCAGCUAUAUUUCACUGUUCCAGUUUUAUUUUUCAAACGCAGCCCUGCAAAUGAUUCCAAUUUCAUACCUAGGCAAGCAACACACUGCUUUUAGUAUUCUGCCCCCUG